UCUCGUUAGCGAAAAUCAUAAUCUACAAGGGACCCCACAAAGUCUCAUCUAAAAUCAACGCCAGUCAGUCCCAUACUCGUAUACAGUUGACACGUGGUUAGAUCAGAUCCCUCCAUUACCCUCUUCCAACUUCGCCCCUAAAAAAGAGAAAGCCUCUGUAGUCACUGAAAAAGAAAGCGCCCGAAAAAAUCUGGUCUUAGGGCCAUGGGAAAGUAAUCCCUAAUUUUCCGCUAUCUUUCGUCGAAAUUUUCAAUUCUUUCUUAAUAAAAUUAGGGGAAAAUCAGAUAUUUAAGCUUGUAAUACAGGUAGGUGUGUGUGCUGUGUGCAUGACGAGCGCUUCGGAGCUAUUCUACACCAGGAGGUCUCGUUUCGGCCGAACCAGUCCGGAUCUCGGCAUCGAUUCUCUUCCUCCUCCCGAUCGAAGUUUCCACCAAAGUGCCAACCAUAAUCGCCGCCAUCAUCACAAUCACCAUCACCAUCAUUUUAGUACCACCAGUGGUAGUAAUCAUCGACAUGAUAUUGACGGCUGCGAUCCUCUUCGGCGAUAUCCUCACUCCCGCCAUAUCUCCCACCGGGUCUCUAACCAGGACCGUUCGGCAUUUCACCUCGAGGAGAGUGCAGGCCAAUCUGUUUCCAGUAAUAGAAUUGAUACCGAAAACUUUAUCAGUUCAAGCAGGCCAUCUGUGACUGCGAACGAAAGACUCCCUGGGGCUGUGCUUCUCGCAAGGGCUAGGCUUCGUGAGAGGUUGAGAGGGGUUACACAAUCUGGAAGCAGGUCAGUGUGCUGCAACUUGGGUAGGUCUUUUGAUGUUUCUACUGGGUUUCUUCCAAUUUUGUUCAGGCCACGUGGCAGGAGUACAUUUAAUAUUGACGGUGUUCACAUAAGGCCUGGUGAUGAUACAAGGCCAUUUGAUGCAAGGGAUUGGGAUGCUGAAAACUCUACAAGAUUGUCAAUUGACCGCUCCCUAUCUGCUGACUUGAGCUCCCAAACAGUAAGGCUGCAAAUCUUGCGGGAACAGAACGAGAAGCCACCUGGCCUUACGCAAGAGGCUUUGUCUUGCUUGCAACUGGAACUUUUCAGUGGCAAGGAGACGGAUGCUGAAGCAGCGGUAGUAUCUAGUGCACCACAGGAUUGCAGUAUCUGCCUAGAGAGUUUCAUCCAGGGUGAUCGGCUUAUAUGUUUGCCUUGUGAUCAUAGAUUUCAUGCUGUGUGCUUGGAUCCCUGGGUUCGAAUUAGUGGUGACUGUCCUUACUGUCGAAGUGCUAUCCUUGUAAAGAAAAGAACCAUAAAGUCCUUAUAGUCCAAGGUGAGGCGGGUUUUGCCUUGCGAUUGUUGUUGCUUUAGAACUGUAGAGAAAGUUUUUGUGUCUCGCCAAUCAAAUAGUGGAUACUAUCAUUUUCUACCUUCUGUUGUAAAUCAGUCACUGCGUUGAAUGCAUGUCUUUCACUACCA